AUGCAGUCCAUUCUACAACCCAUCCUCGGUCCUCAUAAGGAGAUCCAUGAUCUCACUGGCCGUGUCGCCCUCAUCACUGGCGGUGCACUAGGCAUAGGGUACGAGAUUGCCCGCGCGUUCGUUCUCAAUGGCGCCAAGGUAUACAUGACCAACCGCAAAGAAGAACAAGGCCAAGCUGCGAUCGAACAAAUCAAGAAAGAAGCCGGCGAGAAUGCGCAGAUCGAGUGGUUCCCCUGCGACAUGGGGAACUUGAAUGAAAUCAAGGAAGUGUUUGAAGACUUCCGGAAGAAGGAAGAUCGACUAGAUCUUCUUAUUCUCUCGGCUGGAAUCAACGUCAACCAAUACGGUGAAACACACGACCACAUCGAUCGCCAUUUCGAAGUCAACUGGCUGGGCCAAUUCUAUGUCGUGAACCUGGUCUACCCGUUGCUGAGAAAGACGUCCAAGUUACCGAAUACCCCUGCGCCCAGAAUCGUCUUCGAGACCUCAGAGCAGCAUCGCAUGGCGCCUAAGAAUGUUCAUUUCGCUACGCUAGAGGAGAUCAACAACCCCGAGGUCGGCAACCUGGAGCUUUACGGUCGGACGAAGUUGGCCAUUAUUCUUGGCGUGAAGUACGGACUGUUGGAUCGGGUAAUCAAGCCUAACAAUGACAACAUCUACGCGCUGUCUGUGCAUCCAGGCGCUGUAAACACAGCAAUGCAACAACAAUGGAAGGACGCAUAUCCCGGCCUCUUGGGCAAGCUUCUAACCACAGUAAUGCUGGCAGCCGGUCGAACACCCGAGCACGGCUCCUUCAGCGCACUGUAUGCGGCGACAAGUCCCGAAGUUGAAGAGAAGGGUUGGAACGGAUACUACUUCAGUGACCCUGCACAGCCCGGAAAGGAGUCUGCGCAGGCGUCAGAUCCUUCGUUGGGUGCUGCAUUAUGGGACCUCAGUCACCGGAUCAUCAAGGAGAAGCUUCUAGAAUGUAGCUCAAUAUUGCAAGUUUCUUUCGAUGGUGUCAUCAGCUACUGCGAAUGUCGCUCCAUAAUCAUCCCGGAGAAUCUCACUUUCUCUCCUUCAAUAUACAUCUUCUCAAUUUCCAUGAGUAUACUGCCUACAAAUUCUGAUCAUCCACCUAAAGUCAGUAUAUGUUCUACGGGCACAAUCUUAUUUCCGCCGGACUUAAUAUCACAAGUUUCUCCCAUGCUAUUGCACCAGUCCCCCUCCCGGGGUAUGCAUCGAAGCGCGGUUCCGGCCCGUUGCCGGCCUCCCAGUGGCCCACCGGUCUCUGCUUGCAACGAUCCCGGCCACCACGGGAAUUGGUCGCUGCUCGCUAAAAGCCGGGCGGAAGCUAUCUCCGGCAAUGAAGGAUCUCUAGCCCAGGUAUAG